AAGUAUUUUUUUCAUCAUAUGCUAGAAAAUCAACAAUAAAAUGUUAAUUAAAAUCAGAAAAUGAACACUUCAGUAGGGUCUACCCUACCUCGAAGACCAGCUAGUAGCAAACCCUAUAUCAGUAACUUCAGACAGGCAAUCAAUCAAGAUGCUGUUAUUGCCCGAUAUCUUGAAGAAUUUGCAAAAAAAGGAAAAAGCGAUAAAAAAAUAAACAGUGAUAAAUCUGUGUUAUUUAUGAAUUCUCCUUAUGCUGCUCCAUCUCAUACAGACAAUGAACUUUUUAAAGGCAACAAAAAAUAUGCACCGAAUCCACCAAAGAAAGGAAGACCUAUAUCUGCACCAGUUUAUAAAAUUGGAACUGGAAAUUGGAAUGCAUUUGAUGAUAGUCCUUCUUCAAUGGCUUCGUCGAUGAACUCAAAUGUGUCUUCAUUGCUCAAAACACCUUUAUAUAAACGACCACGGCCAACUCUGUGCGUCCAAGCUGCAGUUAAUGGUUCUCAGAAGUUUUUUAGAGUCACUGCUCCCAAUUUAUCAAAAUUAUUUAUGGAGUGCACUCGUAAACUAUGUUUGCCAUCUUCUGCUCGUAAACUUUUUUUAUCAGAUGGAACUCUUGUUGUUCAUGAAAGUCAGUUAACAAAAGAUUGCGAGGUUUUUGUUUCAACUGGAGAACCUUUUAAAGAUUUGUAUUUAAGUCUACAAGAACGUGAAAAGCUUAGAAAAGCAUCUUUUUGGACAGUUAAUGGCAUCUUUCUUCCUAAUUCUUCAGUUAAUAAUAAAACAAAACACACAUCAUUAUCAGCACGGAUGAAAGAUAUUGCUGACUUCCAAAAACGUAGAGUUUUAGUUUUUAAAAAUGGAUUAAGUUCAAAUGGUGCUGAAAUAGUUACAAAUACUAUGGAUGAUUUUUUAGAUAUGUGUACUACAAGGUUGGGAUUGACUUCUGGUGCAAGAUACUUAUUUAAUUGGAAUGGAGAAUUAGUUGAAGAUUUAUCACAAGUUCCAUCUUUACCAAAAAUAUUGCAACCAACAUCAGGAAUAGUUUUAGGACCUAUAUGGGUGACUAAAGGUGAAAUGUUUAGUGCAAAAGGCCCCCUUGAUUUUAUGUCUUUAAUGGUAGCAAAUACAAGAGAAAGGUUAUCGUUAUCAAAAGGACUAAUGGAAGAUUGUGCUGAAAUUUUACAUGACGAGUGUUGUCGUGGAUUUGUAAAUCAAGAAGUUGAAAAACAACUCAAAGAGGAGGUUGAAGUUGUUGAAGAGUUAGAGAGAGUUCUUCAAAUGUUACUACAAAUAUUAGCCACAAUAAAAACUCUGCAUGCAGAAGAAAGUGAGGUUUCUCCAUCAGCUCAUAAAUUUCAGCACAUUUCUGAAAUAAGUUCAGAUAACCGUUUAAUAAAUGGUUUGCAAUGUUUCAGAAUAUUUAUUUAUCCUAAUGGUCAAAAGUGUGAAGAAAAGCUUGUAGUAAAUAUUCGCGAAUUAUUAAAAGGUACAAAGACAAAAGCUGAAGAAAUGCAGCGAUUUUUUGAUUUUGUUAACAGCAACUCAAAUGUUAUAAAAAUGUUUGAAAUGGACAUUCGUAUGGUGUCAGUGAAGCGGGCUUUUCUCAUUGGCGGAGAAGAAAUUACAUCUUUGAGUAUGUUAUCACAAGAUGCAAAAAUUUGGUUAACUUUAGGAGAAGAUUUUAUUCCAAUUCAGUAUUCAAUACUAUCAAUAUCCCCUGAAAAAGUGAUUUUUAAAAACCUAUGGGGAAUGAAUAAAAUACUUCAAAAAGAAGAUUGGACCGGAAACAGCUUUACAAAACCUAAAUUUUGGCAAGUUUUACCAUCAAUCCCUGACCAAUGUCAAAUUGAAGAUGUCGAACUUUCUUCAUUCGAUGAAAAAUUAGCUUUUUUGAAAAAAUCAUAUGAAACUAGAAUUAGGGAAAAAAAUACGUUCUUACAAUUUAAAAAAGAUUCAUCGUUGGUUUUGUAUCCACAGUUAAAAUUAUUGGUUAAAGGUUUAAACCAUGAAAUCAAUAUGUGGGGAGAAAAAAUUGACCAAUGGUUUAUAACAAAGGAUGGGCACAUUUGUAACAGAAGUUUUUCAAACCUUUUGCUAGGAAUCUCAGAUAACAGUAUUUGUUUUUUGUUAAAUGAUAAAGAAGACUCAGAAAUGCUAGAUGGAGCUGCUGUUAUGUUAUUUGAAAAAUCUAGUAAUAUGCACAUGAAAUGGACAUUUACAAAAGAUGGCUACAUCCAAUCUUUAGAAAAUCCGGGGUAUGUUUUAACUGCAGUCAAUGGUUUUGAAUUGGAACAAAACUCAUGUGAUAGCGACCAAUCAAAUCCUGUUAUAAGUUGGGAAAUUAAUAACUACAAUCAAAAUAUAGUAGUAAUGGAAAAAAAUAAUCUUCAGAAAAGUAAUCUAAAUAAUUCUAUAGAUGAACUUCCUGACCAUUAUGAUGGAGAUGAUAAAAUAGAGAUGAAUAAAACAAUAUUUAUAAGCAAAAGAUAUGAUGGAGAAAAGAUCACUCUUGUUGUUUUGCCAAGAUUUCCUGUUCAUCAUUUUCUUGCUUCUAAACAAAGAUGGGCUAUAAAGAAUGAACAAACUCAAGAGUUGGGGAAAUUAAGUAAAAAGUGGGAACGUCAAAAUCUUUGUUGGCCAGUUAAUGAAUCAGAAGAAUAUAUUGCAGAUGUAUUAGAAGGUUUUCUUGUGUAUGAUGUUCCACAACUACGAUGGAAGAGUUUUGAGAAAAAGAAUGAUCUGUUCAGAGUUGCAACUCGAACUGUGAAACCCAUAAAAAUUCAGUUGUUGCGCAACGGUGAAGAAAAAUCUCAAGCAGUAUCUGUUUUUUGUCCUGAAGCCAGAAUUGGUAAGUCAAAUCAGUCGUUCCAGAAAGGAAACGGGUUUUCGGGAAUUUUAAAUAUUGGUUUUACCAAGUUUCUUGAACGAUGUACAGAAGUUCUGAAUCUACCUUCUGCAGCAAGACGAUUGUUUUCAUCUGAGGGAAUAGAAAUUUUUUCAUUGUCUAACUUAAAUGAAGAUGAUUUAGUUUAUGUUUCAUGUGGUGAAGUAUGGAUUAAACCAUCACAUGAAGAAGAAAUGACACUUGCCAGUCUGAUUUCUGAUGUUAACAAAGUUCGUCAGUUUUCAUUGUUUCGACAGCAAAAUGGUUUAAUUGUAUCUGCACCUAAUGAUAUGUCUAAAUACACAAGUUUGCAUUUAAUAGAGGAACCUUCUGUGAAACCAGAUGAAAACAAAAUUGAGUUCCAAAAUAAGGUAGAAGAUGAAAAGCAGUAUAACGUAUGUCUUUACAAAUGGGUGUAUGCUGAUGAAUUCAUUCAUUUGAAGGAAAAUCCAAAUUAUGUUAUUAAUAUUUAUAACAACCAGACUACUGCAAAUGAAGAUCUUGUUAUUUGUAAGCGUCAGAUUGAUAUCCCUACUCAAAGAUGGACUUUAGAAAUGGAUGGAUCAAUUCAUUCUAAAGCUAAUCCACAGUUAGUUAUGGCAGUGUGCAUGCCCGUAGUUAAAAAUGACAAUUAUAAAAAUGUUUUCAAAGAUGCGCGACUUAUAGUUACUAAUAAAAAAAUUUUAGUUAAUGGAAAUUCAAAUCAACUUUUUAAGAUUGAUGAAAUUUCGGGGUUUAUGAAAGCUUUUGCAGCUGAUCAAGUUAAUAUUGAAGUGACUGCUUCCAAUAAAACAGGUGUUUGCACAUUUGCGGUAUUUGGUGAAAACAAAAUUAUUCAACCAGGUUUUGUUUGGAAAAAGCAAAAGCGUGAUGGUUCUAUAAAAAAGAUAUUGCUUUGUGAGAGUUGUGGAAUUGUUGUUCGUGGAAGCAAAAAGUUAGAAGCAAUUAAUGGUUUUGUAGAAUUUUCCUGUGCUAUUGGAAAUGCAAAAAAAAAUAAAAUAAAAAUUAAGGGAUCAUUUUUAUGUUUAAACAAUCGAAUUGAUCUUUCUCCUCCGCAACUUGAAUCAACAUUAUUUUUAUGUGAAAAACUUCUUGAACUUCGACAAGAUGCUGGUACUUGUAAAACUGUUAAUAAAGUAAUACCAAGUAAUCCUGCAGUAAGGAUUCUUGCUCACAAAAAUGGCUGCAAUGAUGAUGGGGUUCUAGUUAUCGGAAAUUCUAUUCAACAGUUAUUAGAUCAAUGCACUUCCAAACUAAAUCUUUCACAAUCAGCUCGUCUCCUCUUUCUUAUGAAUGGUGAAUUAGUAACUAAUAUGAAUCAAAUUCUGAAGCCAUACUACCCAGAGUUAACUUAUAUUAAGCAAGGCUUUCUUCAGAUUUUGAAUGAAGAAAAUAAUGAUAUUGAACGACUUGAUGUUAGAAUUCCAGUUGAUGUUUGGGUUUCAGUUGGAGAAUCCUACAUACCUCUUCAAGACCCUGAAAAGUCUGAAAGGUUUAUUUCAACAUCAAAACAAUUAGCAAAGUUGCAAAUGAUUAAUGAUUUGCAAGUUAAAAAGCAUAAACUUCGUCACAGUAAAGCUCGUCGAUUAUUAGAGCUUUCGUCAGAAACAAGCAUUAAACCAGUUAUCAUCAAAUCAAUUGAAGAACCACCAAAAGAAAUUGACCAAUCAAUCAGUCAGCUCCAAAAGCAUUUGAAUGAUGUGAAGUUGCAAGAAAGAAAUAUUACAAGUGACUUACUUAAAAAAUCUAACAAAAAUUUGUACACUAUGCCCCAAGCACUAAAAUUAUUUGUUUUUCUGAAUGGUGAAGAUCCUAAUAUCACUAGUGUUGUUUUUGCUAGAACAUUUCAGGAGCUUCUAUCUAUUGCAACAACUAAAUUAAAUCUUCCAAGUUGUGCAAGAAGAGUCUUUUCCAAAGAAGGAGAUGAGAUCUUUUCUAUGGACAGCUUAGUUCGUAACCAAACUAUAUGCAUCAGUUGUGGUAAUAGGUUUCUAAACCAAGAUGAGAAAAAAAAUUUGAUUGAUUUAAAAGCAAAAUGGUCUCGUUCACAAAAGAAAAUGUUUUUGGAAGAAACUGAAAAUGAAAGGGGUAUAGCAGAAAAUGAAAGUGUUAAGAGAAUAAAAAGUAAAAAAAAUGUAAAAAAGGUUUUAAAAGACUAUGGAGAUGAUGAAGACUGUACAAAUAAAGGCGACGAUGAAGAGAAUCAAGAUAAUGAGGAAGAUGAAACAAUUUUAAUGACUUCAGAAGAUUUCAGUACUAACAUUGAUGACAGUGAAAGUAUUGCAAAUGAAGCCACAAAAAACCAAUCAAAACUUCCCUCAAGUAUUAGAUUUGGAUUAUCUUUAAGAGUUUACUAAAGAUUUUUAGCUACUGAAGAGUUUACUAAAGAUUUUCAGCUAUUGAAGAGUUUACUAAACAGAGUUUUUUAGUUUAAAACCAAAGAGUUUACAUAAAAAUGAGAAUUUAAAAGAAAAUCAAAAGUGGGUUCGAUUACUUAAAAAAAAGAAACAACAAAAUUGCUAAAAUAAAAUUGAAUUAUUAAAACGAAUCAAAAACGAAAUAAUCAAACUUUUAAAACGUAAUAAUGUUCAAUUGAUCUGACAAAUGUAUAUUAUGGCAAAUGGAUAGAUUUAUAUUUAUGUUUUCUUUUGUAUAUAAAUUUUUAAUUAGAUGAUAAUUUAUAAAACUUUUUUACUU